CUCAUAUGCAGAUAUGCUUUAUGUAUAGAUUUUUCAUAGGGAAAUCCUCAUCAAGCCAAUAUAUUUGAUGAUCUUGGUAUUUAUAUGUUACAUUUGUAAUGAUGUAAUCCAUGUAGUUGGAAUAGAAGGGACUGCUUCUCCUGUAACUAGUUAGUGCCAAAGAGCCUUGUCCAAAUGGUCCUUUUGAAUUUUCCUGUAACAUGCUUUAAUACCUUAUUGAUUGCUUGGCAGACUCUGAGCUUUAAUUGUCCUAUUUCUUGUACUUGAUUUAUUUCUCUGCUCUGUUUGCAGAGGAAAAAUCUGGUCAAAGGGAAUAUGCAACUCUUUUCAGUGGAACAAAAGAGAAGUCAAGGUCUGGAAGCUCAUGCUGCUGCUUUUGCACAAUUUAAAGUUCCAGGGAAUGAGAAUCCUUCUACUCUCAUUUCCUUUGCAACAAAGAGUUUUAAUGUUGGCCAAAUUACAUCAAAGCUGCAUGUUAUAGAUCUUGGUGCCCAACCAGGCGGUGUGUUUUGCUUUAAUGGGCAUUGGCAGCUCAUUUCAUGCUCAAGAAACUACUGUGAGUGGGAAAUUGGAGAGUCGAGUGUGGUUCUGGCCUUUGGGUACUGUGUGACUUCAGGCCAUCAACUACAGAGGUUAACAUAACAAUAAAGCUUUUACUUGUGUUGCUUCUCUCGACAGUGGAGUUUUGUUGUCUCAGUUCAUGUUUUGGUGGCAUGACAGACAUGGAAUAUGUCGAGGACGUGGCUAA